AUGGGGAAGCUAGAGGGGAGCAGCCCAGAGGCAGACCAUGAGAUGGAGCUGAGUGAGCCUCUCUGGAAGAAUGAUAGUGAAGAUGACCACGAGGCAGAGAAGCCAAGUGAAAGUGACAGUCUUUUCCAGUUGCUCUUGGAGGUAACCCAGAUGCUGGAAUCUUUCUGCAUUGGCAGCACAGAGUCAUCGCAGACUCCGUGGGAUUAUUGUGGCUCGGGGAAGCAGAGUGAUGGGGAAGAAGAGAAGUGCCAGGAAAAGACCACAGGAACAGCAGUCUCAGGAGCAGAGGGAGCUCAACUGCACAUCCUGGCAAAAGAUGAGGAAGAACACUUCCUGGGAAGAGAGGGCAAGACUCAAGAGACACCUGGAGAACUCCCUUUAGAUGAGCUGCAUCCACCUGAGAUGAGUGCUCAGGCCCUGGAUCAAGAUGACAGCGACAGCACCUCUGCAGCCUCAGUUCUGGACUCGACAGGCUCUCCCAACAUGCACCUGCUGCAGCCAAGCUGGAACAAGCCCCUCCAGUACCUGAUCCUCAAAAAAAAGCUCCUGUCCAUCUGGAGGAUGAUAGCCAGCCACAGGUUCAGCAGCCCAUUCCUGAAGCCAGUGUCAGAGAAACAAGCCCCUGGAUACAGGGAUGUGGUAAAGAGACCCAUGGAUUUAAGCAGCAUAAAGAGGAGGUUGUCAAAGGGACACAUUCAGUCCGUGAUGCAGUUCCAGUGUGACGUGAUGCUCAUGUUCCAGAACGCCGUGAUGUACAACAGCUCCGACCACCACGUGUUUCACGUGGCUGUGGCAAUGCAGCGAGAGGUCUUGGAGCAGCUGCAGGUCUUGGCUGAAGCCCUCCUGUUGUUCAGGGACAGGCUGGAAUGAGGCAUUAGGUAACCAGCCCUGCCUGAGGCCUCUCUCAGCUGGAACAGCAUUGGGUCAGGACAUCUCCUGAGCUCAGGGGAUGUGCUGCCAUGGCCUUGGGUAGAUCUUUCUCUCCAGUGCUGGCUGUUGGGUUGAUGGGUUGAUUCAGAGUAGUUUUUGGGAGGGUACCAUGUUGGAAGCCUCCAUUCUUUUUGGGAAAAGCAGCCAUGUAGCCCUGCAGGGAGAAAAAUUCCCUGGGAUAAAAAGCAAGAGAGAAAAUCCUGUGCGUGGCCAGGUGGAUGAAGCGGGCACAGCUGCUGAGGGUGGCUUGCUGCACACCGGGCACGGCGGCGUUCCCGUGUUGAGUUUGUUGUGAUCUUGUGUUGGGUCGGGUGGGUCCGGCAUUACCAGCACUGACCACACCCAAUAAAGGCCCGUGUUGAAGCUUG